AUGUAUUCCGGCAGCGCAUCUCCAUCUUCUUUAUCAACGAUUAGAAAGACCACUUAUUGGGAACAGCUCCAGGUCAAAUCCACCAUAGAUGGUCAACCUCUGUGGUAUAAAGAUUUUAUGAACAAACCCAUGGACAGCCAUGCCACAAUGGACAUCGAAAGUUGGACCUGUGAGAUGAGACCUCAGUCAGAGACUGACAAGUCGUACAGCAGUGGUGGUCAAAGUCAACCACCGUCCCUUGGAGACGUGAGGCAAAUCGUCGUUUCUGAACCUUCUGGCAGUAAUCAUAUUUAUAGCGAUGGACAACCACCGUCAGUCAACGACGUAGGUAGACGAGAACCAUCUCAAAGUGAUGCAUCCUGCAACCAAUAUGAGGAUCCUGAUGAACAUGAAGUUCAACAGGUCUACAAGAGAGGAGUAGCUGGAAGAUCAAAUGAUAUUAAUGCAUCCUCAGGAUAUAAUGAGAUUAAACAAGACGUGCUCUCUAACUUUGGCUCGAAGGUUUCCCAGUCUUUUGAAAUUCCACAUAUGACUUUCAACUCUACUGAUUCGCCUAUAAACGAUGGUGGCUUUUUGAACGGUGGUGAUUGGGCCCCACCACCACAACAGUUUCAGCGAAUUGGGACUUAUAUCAUGGUCUACAAGAGUGGAGCAAUUGCACGAUUGAUUGAUAUUAGUGCAUAUUCUGGGUAUCACGAGCUUAAAAAAGACCUAGCUCGAAUCUUUGGUAUUGAGGGUCAACUGGAUGAUCAACAGAGAAAUAGCUGGAAACUUGUCUUUGUGGAUAUUGAUGAAGACGUUCUCAUUGUGGGGGAUGAUCCAUGGCAGGAGUUUGUACUCUGCGUAAGCUACAUCAAGAUCUUAUCUCCUCAAGAAGUACAGCAAAUGAGCUUGGAUGGCGAUUUUGGCGGGAAUAGUGUUACCCCAAAUCAAGCUUGCGGCAGUUUUCCGGUAAACUUUAAUGACCAUAUAUCCAAGUUUGUGGAGUUGUUCUAUCGUCAGUCAUUAUGA